GCGCAAACGCCGCCGGGACACUGCGGGGAAACGUUUCUCGGCCGCGGCCCCGCAACUCGUUUCGCAGCCGUCGCCAUGUUUAGAAGUGUGUACGCGUCCUUGGGCGUGCGGUGUGACGAUGUAUCGUAAAAUAUUAGAUAUAGCUCAUGCGCCGUAUGUUACGUGAGGUACCCAAUUGCGAGUCGACCCACGCGGGACACGGGCGUGACGAUCAUUCCCGUGGAUGGCGCGUCUACGCCGCGGUAAUUUGUGAUUACAUUAUGCGUAACGUGCAAUGAGUGAUAAACAGGGUGCACCUCUUUUACCACCCCUUAAUCGGGGUGCGGCUAAUAAUGGCGGAAAUAACGGAAGUUCAGCUCAACAGACUGUCAGUCUGCAGCAGGUUCUCGCUACCGCUCAAGGCCUCAACGUGCUCGCCACCGGCGGGCAGCAGUUCGUUCUCACGACCCAGGUUCCUGGUCUCACACAGGUCAUACCGAACAAUGCCACGACUAACGCGAGCGGAACGCAACAAGUCGGCGUUACAAGGAUCGUCAACAUCGCGGGCACGCCACCGCGCAACGCCGUCGGGGGUGUCGGCAUCGCCGGCGCGUCGCCCCACUCGUCGCCGGUGGUGUCGCGGCCGCAGAACUCCACCAAGCUCAUGCUGACAACGUCGCCGAAGCUGGUGCGCACCUCCCUGAGCAACGUGUUCAUAUCGCCGUCGUCGUCGUCGACAUCGCCACAGAUGUCGUCGCCGCAGGUGCAGGUGCAAUCGCCCUCGCCGCCGGCGAGGAAACGGCUGAAGCUGUCGGAGACGACGGAGAAGCCGAUUCCAUUCGACGCCAGCUUCUGCAGGCGAAUAAUGGAGUACAAAAUGCGGCGGAUGAAGAACGUUCGCGAGAAGUAUAGCGACAACGUGUCGGAGCUAUUCUUCCUGCACAUGGGCGGCAACAUGAUGGACUACCCUACCUGGCGGAGGCGGGCACCGACGCCGCAACUCGUGCACUUCAUGCGCCAGCAUCGGCUCGAUCCGGACGACGAUGACGAGGAUCUCACCGCGCCGUUGUCCGAGUUCUCGCAGCUGUCCACGGUCGCCACUAGUGUCACCACUACCACGACCGUCACCAGCACCAUCGUCACCGCCACCGCCACCACCACCGCCGCCGUCACGACCGCCACGUCCAGCUCCACGGUGGUCCACGUCCCGAAUCAAAGGACGGAGAUAAAAAUCGCCGGGGCGGGCGUCACGCCGGUGGCGGUGUCUACCACCCUGCCUGCUGCGGCUUUAGCCCAGCUUAGUCAUCAAGGUGGACCGUCGAUGGUUGCGGACUCGUCAAAAUCGACAACCACGACCGCAAGUCCGGCGGUGGAAAAGUCGUCGCCGUCGAUCACCACCGUCGCCACCCCGAAAACGCCUAUAGCAGUUGCGCUCAAUAAUCCCCAACCUAUCGUUAAGCUCGUUAAGUUGUCUACACCCACUACUAUAACUACUUCCUGUGAUAACACGAACAAUCAGGAGCAAAUUGUGGAAAAAGCUAAGCAGGAGGCGUACGUAAUGCAGAGGAUUGCGGAGCUACAACGCGAGGGAUUAUGGUCGGAACGGCGAUUGCCCAAGGUGCAGGAACCGACCCGAACCAAGGCCCAUUGGGAUUACCUGCUGGAGGAAAUGGUCUGGUUGGCCGCUGACUUCGCCCAAGAGCGUAAAUGGAAGAAGGCGGCCGCGAAGAAAUGCGCGCGAAUGGUGCAGAAGUACUUUCAGGAAAAGGCAAUUCAGGCGCAGAAGGCCGAGAAAUCGCAGGAGCUGCGGCUGAAGAAGAUCGCCAGCUUGGUCGCUAAGGAGAUCAAAACCUUCUGGACAAAUGUCGAGAAACUGGUGGAGUACAAACAGCAAACGAGGCUGGAAGAAAAACGGAAGAAGGCGUUGGAUCAACAUUUAAAUUUUAUUGUUGGGCAAACGGAGAAAUAUUCCACGUGGCUGACAGAGGGUCUCAACAAGACCGAGGGUCCGCAGAGUAUUCCAGCUUCCAUUAAUAGUUCACGUAUCUCCUCACCAGUUCCAAUGGGAAAAUGUCAUUCCGAUGAGGAAUUCCAGCCAAAUCAGAGUUCAGAUGAUGACGAGGAGACCAUAGCUAAGGCCGAAGAGGAAAUGAAAUUAACGACCAACCACAAGGAGGAAGUGGAGUUGUUAAAAAGAGAAUCGGAAAUACCUUUGGAAGAUCUCCUAAAGGAUUUACCGCCAGACUAUUUGGAAGAUCGCAACAGAAGUCUAUCGCCGCAAAAUGCUACGAACGAAGGGGAAAGAAAUAAAAAUGAAGCGGUUGAUGCAGAUGCGGACUUUGUUGCGGCGUCUGGUGAAUCCUCAGAUGAAGAAGAUACUAUUAUGGAAGAGGAAAGGCUUGAGGGAGAAAUCGAUCACAAACGAGAGCUCGAUGAACUUAAGGCUGAUAAUGAAAUGUCUAUCGACGAACUUGCGGCCAAAUAUGCAAAUAUGUCGGACAUGUUGAUUGACGUGGACGAAGAGGUUGAAGGUACAGAUAAGGAAAGCAGUGACAAGGAAGCGGCACAAGAGAUCGAAGAUCAAAUAACCAGCAGCGAGAAUGAGAGCGAAGAGAGCGAUCACGAUAGCGACGAGGAGGAGACUCGGACUCGGAGCGAUACCGAGGCGGAUGUGGGACUUCAAUCUCUUCUCGAAGAUCCCUCUGCAGAAAAACAAUCUGAUAGUAGAACUGCGGAAGACGUUCAUUCGGACGCUCAUAAUGAAAUGGAUAACGUUGCUGCAUUGGCCGAAAGCAUCCAGCCUAAGGGAAAUACAUUGCUCACUACUAGUGUUGUCACUAAAAUACCUUUUCUUCUGAAACACUCUCUUCGCGAAUACCAGCACAUAGGAUUGGAUUGGCUUGUCACGAUGUACGAGAGAAAGUUAAACGGCAUUUUAGCUGACGAGAUGGGUCUAGGUAAAACUAUACAAACUAUCGCAUUGUUGGCGCAUCUAGCCUGCGAGAAGGGAAACUGGGGACCGCAUCUUAUAAUUGUACCGACGUCUGUCAUGCUCAAUUGGGAAAUGGAAUGCAAAAAAUGGUGUCCCGGAUUCAAAAUACUGACGUACUACGGCACACAGAAGGAAAGGAAACAAAAGAGAACCGGCUGGACAAAACCAAACGCCUUCCAUAUAUGCAUUACGUCCUACAAAUUAGUAAUACAAGAUCACCAAAGCUUUAGACGGAAAAAAUGGAAAUAUCUUAUCUUGGACGAGGCGCAGAAUAUCAAGAAUUUUAAAUCGCAAAGAUGGCAGUUGCUUUUAAACUUUCAGACACAGAGGAGAUUACUUCUUACCGGCACACCCCUUCAAAACAAUUUAAUGGAACUAUGGUCUCUCAUGCACUUUCUUAUGCCUAACGUCUUUCAGUCUCACCGCGAAUUUAAAGAGUGGUUCAGCAAUCCUGUCACAGGCAUGAUCGAAGGGAACAGCGAAUACAACGAAAACAUAAUCCGUCGUCUGCAUAAGGUGUUGCGGCCAUUUCUCUUGAGACGAUUGAAAACUGAAGUAGAAAAGCAAUUACCGAAGAAAUAUGAGCACGUGGUCAUGUGCCGUUUGUCGAAGCGUCAAAGAUUUCUGUACGAUGACUUUAUGUCAAGGGCCAAAACAAAGGAAACGCUUGCCAGUGGAAAUCUGUUGAGUGUGAUUAACGUAUUAAUGCAACUACGUAAGGUGUGUAAUCAUCCGAACUUGUUUGAAGUGCGACCAACUGUUUCGCCAUUUCAAAUGGAAGCAAUUGAGUUUGUGACCGCGUCGUUAGUCUGGACUGCGCUGGAUUACGAUCCCUUUAAGCACAUCCAACUGUCCAGCCUGAACCUUUUGCUGUUAAACCUGGAGACAACGCUCAGUGCAUUCGUCGCGCACAGGGUGAAUCGUCUGCGGACGCCUAGAAAGCUUAUCGAGGAGAUAGAUAGCCAACCAGAACCGGCGCCAAGGUGUCCAUCCGGCCGGAUCAAAAUCAACGUUAGAUUAUCGAAUCAGGCGAAGCCGCAACAGCAACAACAGCAAACGCAGACCAGGCUGAAGAAUCUGGCUGGCGUCCUACCCACGCCAAGAGUGGGUACGUCCCCCUUGAUAAAGUCAUUAAAUACCAGCCAGAGUGGUCCGGGACAAGGUGUUACACUGAGAGUUGCGGGUGGUCAACAAUUGCAAGGUUAUUCCCUGCAACUGGUGCCACAUCAGGCUGGCGUAAAAGCUAUUCCUGUGGCAACGUUGGGGCACAAUCCGCAAAGUACCACCGUAACGUCAACCACAGCAGCGACGAACCCGCAAAGGAUCACUGUGGGAAACGCUAGCAUCAGAGAUGGCAUUCAACGAUUGACGACGCAGACCGUCACGGUCAAACAAGGCGACUCCGUCCAGAGAAUAGCGGUGCCUGGUUUCGCGCAACUCGUUCAAACUUCUACCGGCAGACACUUCAUUCUGACGCCGAGUCAACAGAAUACUAACACGGUUUCGUUUCCAGUCAUGACGUCGAGCGGGCCGCGUUUUACGGUGCUCUCUAAAUCGCUGAUGGGUCUGUCUACGUCGGGUGCCACGACGGUAAACAAGGUCGUCAGCGGAGUGGUAACAACCCCAAGCGGCCGGCCCGUCAUGAGGGUACCUCCUCUAAAUGUAACCGCCUCGCAAUCGUCACCAAGCGGAAACAACGGCCAGCAAACAGCCAGCCAGCAGCAACAGCCGCAAUCGAUACGUGGCAUUGUCACCAGACAGGCUCAGAAGGAGGUCACAAAGGCACCGAGUAAAGAACAGCCUAAAUCCGAGUUUCAUUUGCCACUAUUGGAGGAGGAAAGGAGGCAGAGGAGACAGGACAAAUUGCAUCUCUUGGCGAACAUCAAUGAACGAAGAUGCGCGGCGUGUCCGCUUUACGGUGCAGAUCUGUUUAUGGCUUUGAGAAUCGGCAAGCCCGCGACAGCCUGUCGUUGGCACAAUAGCUGGAUGCAUUGCACGACAACUGGAGAGAAUAUUCGUACGCGGAAAGAGUACUUCUCGCACACGGAAGCGCUCGCAGAAGCCAUCAAAAGUACAGAGCAGAUCGUUGAAGAACUCAAAGAGGUUUUCGAAAGAUACGUAGUCUACGUACCGGCUGUACGCGCGCCAGUACCUCGAUUCCAUGUGUCCCAUCCACCGCCGCACAAGCUGUGGGGUGAGCAUCGUCUGUGGACCGAAUUGCAGCGACAACUGUCGCCAAAGUUGUCCCUGUUCCAUCCGAUUUCGAGCCUCAUGCUGACACAGUUCCCUGAUCCCAGACUGAUCCAAUACGAUUGCGGCAAACUGCAGUCGCUGGACCGUCUGCUGAGAAAGCUGAAGUCCGGGAGCCAUCGGGUUCUCAUAUUCACGCAAAUGACGAGAAUGCUGGACGUGUUAGAAGCCUUUUUGAAUUUCCACGGACAUAUAUACCUGCGACUGGACGGCACCACCAGGGUGGACCAACGUCAGGUUUUAAUGGAGAGGUUCAACGGCGAUAAGAGAAUAUUUUGUUUUAUCCUGUCCACGAGAUCCGGUGGCGUCGGCGUGAAUCUGACGGGAGCGGACACAGUAAUAUUUUAUGACAGCGAUUGGAAUCCCACGAUGGAUGCCCAAGCGCAGGACAGAUGCCACAGAAUAGGACAAACACGGGAUGUACAUAUCUACAGAUUAGUUAGCGAGAAGACUGUCGAGGAGAACAUUCUGAAGAAGGCGAAUCAGAAACGAUUGCUAGGGGACCUUGCUAUUGAAGGUGGUAAUUUCACCACGGCGUACUUCAAGAGUUCCACCAUUCAAGAUCUGUUUAACAUCGAUCAAACUGAGAACGACGCAUCGGCGCGUAUGGCUGAGGUGCUCGACCAGAAUCGGGAUCGAGAGAAGGCCUGGAGUAAGGAUGUGGCAGCGGGACCGUUUCAGAGUAGUCUUUCGGGACAGCAUACGGAGGAGAAGGCAGCGAUGGGCGCGCUUGAGAGCGCUCUCGCCGCUGCUGAGGAAGAUCUGGAUGUUCAGGCCGCGAAGACUGCGAAAGCGGAAGCCGUCGCCGAUCUUGCCGAGUUCGAUGAAAACAUUCCGCUGGAAGAAGCUGAUAAGGACGACGCGCAGGUCAGCAAGGCGGAGCAGGAAGUUCAGAAUCUGAUUUCUCAGCUCACUCCGAUUGAACGGUACGCCAUGAGGUUCGUCGAGGAGUCCGAGGGUGCGUUCUCCGCAGCGCAUCUAGCCGCAGCCGAACGGGAGCUGGAGGAACAGAAGAAGGAGUGGGAGCUGGACCGUUUGCGGGCACUGCGCGAGGAGGAGGAACGGCGCAUGCGACUCGCUGACGACGACGAGAAGCCGCUGACGUUUGGCCGUGAGGACGCGCAGAAUCAGAUUUGGUUGUCGGAACACACGAUGGAGCAAAUGCCAAUGUGGUGCCCGCCGACUCCUCCUACAACGGAUGAUGACGUGUAUAUCGAUUUUUCUCUCGGUUUUCUGUACGGAACUGACCCUAUGACAGAGGCUCAGCUGCCACCGAUUUACGUAAAGAAGGAGCGAACGAGGAGUAGAAUCGAAAUCGGUAUCACUGAGGAUGGUUGUCGACCGGCGAAGAUGAUGCGGCACAAAGAGGAGUCCGUGUACGCUCCGAGAUCACUCUUCGAUCGGCCGACACCGGCAAUGAUGAAGAUGCGCCGCGACAUGAAGCUAUACAAGUAUCGCGUGAUCGCGCGUCCACCGAUACCAGUUUUGAAAACCUCGUCGCACGUCAUGAAGGCCUUGCCGGAACCAGAUCAAGCCAUGGACUGGUUGGCCCAGGAGGAUUGGGGUCUAUUGCAUUCCAUUCAGAAUUACCAGAGUUUACCGAUAAACACGUUUGUCCUCUUGCCCGGCCACACGCCCAAUUGGGAUAUGGUUGCCGAUACCAUCAACAAUGGCACGCGUUUAUACAGAUCGCCCAAGCAGUGCAAAACCAGAUACGAGUCUAUAAUAUUGCCUAGGGAAGAGGGUAAGCUCCUGUACGACUCCGCGCCGAAGAAGCAGAAGAAACAGAAGGGGAGUGUUUACAAAUCGCUGCCGAGCUCCGAGCAAAGUAAGAGUAGCAGGACGAUGAGAACAUCGCAAUUACACAAUCAGGAUAGAAACAACUCCUUUACGUUGAAUGGCAAUCAGAGAUACGAAAUUAUGAAGUCCGUGUCCAACAAUCGAACGCCCACCUCGAAGCCGCCCAUUUCGAAUCCAAUGUUGAAGACUCCUAAUACGCCGCCCUUAUCUGAAUACAGUGUACAGCUCGACAAUCCAAUGACACCGAUUGAAAUUGCUAUGCGACGUGCUGACAGAAUCGUCAAGGAGAAGAUGAAUAAAGGAGUUUUAACCCCUGAACAGCAACAGGUAGCGACACGCCUCUUGCAGCAGCAACAAGCCGCCCAACAGCAACAGCUCAAGCUACAGCAGCAACAAACGCAACAGCAAGCUGGACAGCAGGCGGUCGCAAACUUGGUUACAUCUCAAAUUCAUCAGUUGACGCAAGCGGUUCCAACAGCGACUAACACGAAGGUUGCUGCGACUAGCGUAAGCAACGUAGCGACUACACCAGUAACAGCUACUACAGUGGUCAAGGCUCGACCUGGAGGUGGGCAAGUGGCCAUGCAGGACGUGAGGACAACGUCGGCAAACGCGAACAUACAGCAGACCGCUCAACGAAUCGCGACGGCCAGUUUGGUAUCCGCGGGCCAAACUUCCGUCGGCGCGACGGGUGGUCAAAAAGGAAGCCUGGUAGGCGUCACGAUGGCCACCGCGGCGUCGGGAAGUAAGACUACAACGACGGCACAGAUGCAAUACUAUAGGCACCAGCAGGUGUUACUACGGCAACAACAGUUUAAAGUGCUCCAGGCUCAGGCUAACAGUGGUCAAAAGAUGUCUGUCGCGGUGUCGGCCACAGCAGCGGCAGCGGCGGCACAACAGCGUGCUGCAGCGACCACCUUGAUGAAGCAAGGUAUCGCUACCGUAGGCACUGCGGGUGCGGUGUCUGGACAAACUGCUGUGGGCAAACCGACAAUGACCAGGACAAUGUCAGACACUGAAAUGGCUGCGUUGCUGAAGCGGCAAGCGUUACAGCAGCAAGCAAAGGCUGCUGCCGCGGCGGUCGCACAGGUGCAGGUAUCCGCGUCAACGCCACUUACACCAGCACAACUCUUUGCUCAGGCUGGUUUGCAAAUGCAACAGGCAGGUACUUCGGCCGGUGGUACUUCAGUAGCAACGCUCGUGAAGACAGCUAACGUGGCGGGUCCCCGCGCUACGACGUCGCAGCAGAUUCGUCAGCUCACGCUUCAUUCUCAACUCCUCACGCAAAGGAAACUACCGGCGCAGAAGGUCGCGCAGCUAACUCAGGUCGCAAACAAGGCUGGCGUGCAAACGCAGCUCAUUGUACAACCUACAAAGUCGCUACCUACAACCAUGACGGUGCAGCAAAUUCAACAAGUGAUGAAACACGUACCUUCGACGAUGCAGCAAUUUACUCAUGUCUCCACGGGACAACCGGUGUCUCAGGCUAGCCAAGUCGUACUAGCUAAAUCGCCGUUGCAAACUCGUGUGAUACCAGUAGCGCCCACAGCCUUGAAGCAAACCAUUCAAGUGGUAACCGCCAGCAAUCCUCAGUUACGACAGACCACGCCUAUCCAAGGGAAACCGGUUGCUGGUACAAUGAGACAAAGUCCUAGUUCGGGGCCUAACCCUGGCUCAGGCUCAAGCCCAAGUACCACAACUGCCAGUUCCACUGCUGCAGCGGGUGCUAUCAGUCCUGGUGUGGGUGCAACCUCCGCGUCUGCCUCGAAUCUAACCUCCCCAUCUGUCCUUAAUCAAGUGAGAUUGCAAACCUUGGCGCAACAAGUGCAACAACAGCAACAACAGCAACAACAGACUCAUCAGGAUGCCCAACCAAAAUAGGUUUUUAUCAUAAUUGGGUGGCGAUUGUUGAUAUUUUAUUGGAAAAUUCAGAAACCAGAUUGGUCUUGCGGAUUAAAAAGCAAAAAAUCUUCUAAAAGUUUUACAGAUAUUAUUAUGGACGUACAAAUAUCUGGACGGGAUAUUCUCGUAGAAUUGAAGUUUGAGGGGAAAGGAGGUAGAAAGUCUAUUGUAAUCACUAAAUUCUAAUACAAUUGGAACGUGCACCAGCCACCCCCAUCUGAUUUCUUUUUCUUCAGUAGCUAUUGUGGCGCAGAGAGUUAAGCGCUGCUCUAGUUGGCCGAAGAUCCUAGAUUGAAUCCGACUAGAAAUUGCCAUCUGAUUUGCUAGUCAGAAAAUCGAAGGGGCCAUUUUUCUUUAAGUGCAGUUAGAAUAAAACGUCUUAGAGCGUUGACAUAAGAAAAUACUGCUACAAGCUCUCGAGUUUUACUUUUGAAUAUGAGUGUAGCUGAGUCAUCAUCAUCCAAAUUGUUUUUGCUUACACUACCGUGUCUCGUGAUAUGCUCAUAAUGUAUAAACAGAUAAAUGGCUCUUUAUUAUCAAGUUCUCGUAUCAUUUUCCAUUUACAAACAUAGUAUACGCGUCCCAGUUAUAUUAGAGUUCAAUGAUUGUAACUGAUACGAUCAACCAAACAAGAUAGCGAAAUCACAUGGAAUGUAGUCGUCUCGUUCCCAUGUUAAUAGAAUUUUAUUCUUUCAAUGUUUUUAAAUUCUUUUGUCUUCAAUUUUUCGCGUAACAAUCCGGUAUAUUACAGAGUAAAAUUUCUACUUUAUUCGAGACAGUAUUUUUCAUUGCGGAAUAAUCUCAAAUCGCAGUAAUGCCUCAAUUACGAGGCGGAGUUUCAAAACAUACACCAUAUUGUAUUUAGAUGCGUUAAAUUUGAUGAAAUUAGAGGCAGACUGUAUCGUGAACUAGAUUCUUCUUUCUAAGAGAAAUCGACAAAAUAGUAUAAUAGUAGCUAUUGAAAAAUAAAAUUAAUUACGGAACAAUUGCAAGUAGAAUUGUAUGUGUAACAAAAACUUGAAAAAAUACCAAAUUGACGUUAAAUAUCCUCAUUAAAAAAGAUGCUUUAGUCAAAAUGCGACGAGAUGUGAAAAUAGAUCUGAGUUUAUAUAAUCGUAUAAUAAUACAUGCAAAUGAUAAAAAAAAGAUAACUGGUAAUUAGCAUGUUACUUCUCGUACGCAGGUACAGCGGGUUAAACUGAAUAGAAAAUCUGUGUUCAGUUUACUGGGUUUAGAAAAAGUAUACAAAAUUUAUAGAACAAUUAUUAAGUUACAAAGAACCAACCUUUGACCGAAAAGUAGCAUAUUAUAACUAAUUGUAUCUGAAUAGAAAAGUUAUUUACCGUUUUACGAAUUUCUUAAUAACUAAUGAGAAAUUAAUAAAGAUCUGUGAGGCAGUGGACACCCGCGUGAUUCAGCGACAAGAGAUAACUCAGCAUUUACGCAUUUACGCACGCUGCGACGCACUGAGGAAAGAGCGCUCAGUAAAUAACAAUGGUUAUGCACGAGAGACGCGUAAACAAUUGGCUAUCUCUUCUCCGAACAGCGCGGACGUACACUGAUUCGUAGAUUUUUAUUCAUUUUUUAUUUAUUGUCCCGUAAUCGUAAAACGGUAAAGGAUUUCGCUUUUCAGUUUCAGGAGCUCUAUCUACCCAUGAGAGAUUGCACAAGUACCAGACAUUCAGACAUACAUAUAAGCAUAUGUAUAUAUGUAUAUAUACAUACAUACUACAUCUGAUAAAUCGAGACGACCGUAAUGAAUUUUUUUUCUCAUUUCUCAGACUUACUCCCUUUGUUGAAGAGAGUACCUUACGUUCCGUUCAGGUAUUCAUGUAUGUCCAUAGAUAUUACAAUGUAAAGGGUUAAUCCAUUUAGAAUAUCUUUUCUUUUAGAACAUGCGUCGAAACAAGUGCUAAAUAUCAAUCGAAAUAUAUGAUUAUUAAUAAUAACGAGUCUUGAUGUAAAGUAAUAUAUUGGUUUGAGUAUUUUCGAUUAAUUGUAGCGAUAAAAAAGGAGAUAUCAAUUCAAAUAUCUUGGAUCGAUCAUCAAGUACAAAAUGUUAAUUCACCAAAAAUAAAAUAUUUGAAUUAAUUGUUAGCAAGCAAAAAGAUAUUAAUUUCUUAGUAAUGAAAAAUCUGCUAAUAAAGUUCUUAUUGCGAGAAAAAAAAAUUUUUUAUAAAUAAAUAUUUAGUUAUCUCAGUUUCUAGUUUUCCUGAUUCAGUUUCAAUUUGACAUCGUAAACAUACGAAUUUCAGUUUUUCUCUUUUAAUAUCAUAUAAUUCUAGUAAAUAAAAGUAAAAUUUGACACAAUAAAUAGCGUAAACAUAUUAAAGCAUUCCAAACUGUGCUGCGAGUAGCCAUAAUUUUGAUGGUAUGAUUCGAGUAACAUGAAGCGACAAAUGGUGUUUAUUUAUAACAAAUGACCGAAUCGAUUUAUUCAACAUGCUGAUACCGCUAUUUUUUACCUAUACAAAGAAUUAAGUUAUAUUUUCACAGUUAUAAAUUCUUACAUUAUAUCGAAGCAAUGACAAAACGAAUACUAGUCUUCAACGGAAAGUAUAAGAAAAUUGAAGAAAAAAUAAUCUUUAAAAAGGAUUGUUUAUUUGAAAACAUUAAGUUACUGUAAUGCAACAAUGUAGAACAUAUUGGUUAAAAGCUGUUCGUAGCAAUCAAAUUAAAUUCAAUUAAAUUUAUGUUGCAAUGAUAAUAUUAGAUUUUCGUUUUUCUUUAAAAAUUAUCAAAUGCGAUGUACAAUUUUUAAAGAGAGAUUUUGAAUUCUGGGCGAAAGUUGUAUUCACGACUGAACAUUUAAAUAAUCCUAACUUAUAUAGGAAGAAAUUCUCUGUGGAUUGAUUUCUAACUUUAUGUAGAGUUUGUUUUUACGAAUGGAAAUUUUUAGUCAAUUGCUGUUUAUCCGUAAGAAGUUAAAUGUAAUGUGAUUACUUAUGUCAUUCAUACAAUAGGAUUAUUGAAUUCAUUAGUAUAUAUUUGCUUUUCGUUCGUAAAUGUUCCAGGCUGUCGGAUUAGGAUGCGAUUCUCUCUGCAUUAAAUAUAAAUGUUACGAUGUUAAAUGUUAGAACCCGUUACGGUAUUUUUUGCGAGGGUAUAUCCCAAUACGAUGCUUGGCGCACUGUACAGAUGUAGUCUUCCGUUUUCUUUUGUUUUCUUUUUCUUUUUUUUAUGAAGAAAGGAAACGGACUGUUAGCCUCAAGAAAUACGCUUAACUCGUCGACGAAAUUACAAAACACGAAGAGUUACUCCAAGUAAUGUAAAUGUUCAGAAGAUGUCUAAAAGACUGCCUGGGAAAAACUAACAAAUUAGGAUACCGCUUUCACGUCUGCAAGAAGUUUAAAACGUUUUUCAUACAGGCGGUUCGUGCGGAAUGAAAUUUUCUAAGAGGUGGUAAAACAGCAUACACAUUCAACGAAGAAGCCGUGUAUAACUUGUAGCUUUAUUCGUUAGAUUUAAAUGUCUUUAUUUAAAAAUCCUGCUCGAAUGUGCGUACAUUUUGCCGAAGGAAAAUUUUACUUAUUUUGACACCGAAUCUCCAUGCAUUCCGCGUACGAAAAUCCCGAGACACCUAGGUAACGAUCAAAGCAGCAAGAUGUUUUUUUAAAUGUUUGAAAAAUGUUCUCUGGACAUUUGAAGAAUGUCUACGAGACCACCAAGAUUUGUAAGUGUAUAACAAAUCUCUGAGGUUGAAGAAAAGAUAGAAGAAUAUAGGUUGCUUCUUCGACAUCUGAACGAGGCAUGGAAAGAUAAUUAAGUGUGGUCAUUUAGACAUCUUUUAAAGAGUUAUGGAAUUGCAUCUCCGUAUGCAGCUCUGUAUUUAUGGUUGACCAUAGAGUGUAGUAAAAUUACUCCGAGAACGCGGCGUUUGUAUUAGGCUGGUUAUAAUAUCACAUGCGAUACAAUACAGGAUUUCUAUUCCGUUAAUGUACAAGACGAGCCGUUUGAAUGCCGAACAUCUACACACUCUUCAGUGUUACGCUGUUCGAUCAAGUAAGCGUAGCGAUGCGAAAGAGGAAAGAAAUGAUUUUUUUUCUCCCAUAUAAACGUUGGAUACGAUCGAGUGUUCUCGUUCGAACGCUCACUCUGUACGCUUGGUGUCUAUUAAGAGAACGUCUUACGUAUGUCAAACAAAUUUAUAGAACGAUUUUGAAUACGUGAGAAAUGUAUCGUUUUAUUUAAUAAUACAUUUUUCUUGUUUUCUGCGGCACCACCCUCUGUAUGUACGUAUGUACGAUAUAUAUGUAUAUAUGUAUGUAUAAUUUGUGUAUUAUAAGUGCUAAAAUAAAUCUCAUAAAGCGACGAAA